AAAAAUUACAGGAGCCAUCUUGAAUUAUGGCGAACUUUGCUGCGUGCGUGUGUUGUUCCCAAAAACAAAACCGAAAGUAAGCGUGUAGCAAAUAGGUUCCGCGGGAAAACUGAGCAGAGACCAAAGUUGCCAUCCGAAUAAGACUGCAAAUGGGUGAUACAAAUCCAGAAGAAUUAGACAUUUACAUUCCAGGAUAUGUAUUUGCAUGUUUAUUGAAUUCGUCUGCAAAAUCAAAUAAUUUUCGAGAUGGAUUCCUGUUGGGAGAAUGUAAUUCAGAAGAAAUUUCAGCCAUUAGUGAUUCCCAACCAGGUGCAUCUCGAAAAGUUGAGGAAUUAACUGUGCAGGAUUUUUUAUGCAACAAUUCGUCCUACAGUUUUUAUGACAACUUGGGCACUAUUAACAGAAAUGAUUUGAAUACAAAACUUUCUGGUAAGGACAAGAAUUUGGUUGGCUAUUAUUCAAUUCGAAGAAAUACAAACAGUGCUAUAUCUUUUCGAGAAAGAACAAUUUUGCAGAACAUGCUAAAUAUGGAUGUGUUUACACAUAAAAAGCUGCUGUUUUUAUUGUUGACACCAUCUCGCGAGGACAACAAAGCAACUUUUAAUUUAAACUACAAAGCUUUUGUAUACAAAAACAAAAGUGUUCCAAGUCCUACAAAAAUAAACGUUAUAAAUUUGGGGUCUGGUAACGAACUACAUGAGUACAUUCAUAAAUCUCGUUUGCUAGGAAGCAAAACCAAUCCAACAACUCAGUUCAUGAAAGCCAUACAAGAAUCUCAGUCGGAUAAAUUUAUGACGGAGACUGGUUCAGUAUCACUAGCAGAUAAUACAUACGUUCUGUUUUACAAGACUGUUUCCAUCAUGGACAAAUUAAGAGCAGAACUUUCAUCGUAUGAUGAAAAGCUUGAAAGAUAUGUCAAGGAGAUAAACGAACUCGAACAAAUCGUAUCAAAUAACUCGCCAGAAAAGCCAUAACUACCACUGCAGUAUUACAACUACAUUGAGUUGUACAUGCAUGACACCCUGCGUCAAUGUGACAAACUUUUUCUCGCAUUAACUUUUGUCGGUGGUGAUGACGUAAUUGUUGAUUAAUAGUCACUUGGAACUUCUACAAAGUUGAUUGCACUUAAGAUCUGCCGGAGUUUGUUCAGCAAGUUUUUCGUGUAAAUUUGUGUUCGAAAUAAAAAUCCAAGAACUUUU